AUGGAUAAGAAGGAUGCACUGAGGAAGAUGGUAGUGGAUACAAAGUGGGAGAGCUUGAAAGAUGUACACACAAAGAAGGGCAAAGAUGCAACAUCAACAGUGCUAAAUAACACUUUUUGGAAAGGUGUUCACCUUUGCUUGAAGGUUUUUGAGCCAUUGGUAAGAGUUCUUCGUUUGGUUGAUGCAGAUGUCAAACCAUCCAUGGGUUUUGUAUAUGGAGAAAUUGUGAAGCCAAAGAGGGAGAUCAAAGAGGCAUUUAGCAAUGUGGAAAUUCGCUACAAAGAAGUCAUGAGCAUUGUUGACAAGAAGAUGAAAGGAAGACUUGAUGCUCCAUUGCAUUGCACUGCAUAUAUGUUGAAUCCACAUUAUAGCUAUGUUGAUGAGUCUAUCUUUGAUGAUGGAAACAUUACUACAUCAUUCGUGGAUUGUGUUGAGACAUUUUAUAGUGGUGAUGAUAACACGCAAGAUCAGGUUGUGAACUAUGAAUUUCAGAAAUUUCAAAAGAAAGAAGGCACAUUCGGGAAGAAGCUUGCAAGGACUUGUCAGAACUUUGAUUACAAUCCUGGUUAG